GUUAAUUCCUAUGCUGGUUUGGCGUUUUCACGCUUCAGAGUUCAGUCUUAAAGAGGGCUUACGACGUACAGUUGCUAUUGCGUCGUUUUUUUUCUUUCUUUAAUUUAAUUUUAGCUUGUUUUGGACGGUUUGUUGGAUUUGGAAAAAUGGAAGACGUCGGUGACUUGAUGACUUUUGACAACCCGGCUUUCAUGUUUUACGUCUUCUCCUCUGCUGCCCUGGUCUUGAAGAUGCUCAUCCUCACCCCGCUCACGGCCAGGCAAAGAUUUAAGAACAAAGUUUUUCUAUCUCCGGAGGACACUUCCCUGCUCAAAGGUUCGAAAGUGGAUGUGCACCCUGAUGUGGAAAGAGUAAGAAGGGCACAUAGGAAUGAUUUGGAAAAUGUGGUUUUUUUCCUUUCUAUGGCUUUUUGCUAUAUUUUAACCAACCCAACCAAGUGGGUUGCCAUCUUGGUACUAGCGGCUUUCACCGUCGCCAGAUUCCUGCACACCUUCUUCUACCUGACUGCAAAGACAGCGAGAAUGUACGCUUUCGCUGUCGGAUAUUUAGUGUUGGUUUACAUGGCUGGCACUACUGUUAUGCAUUUUAGUUGAAAUAUAAAAAUUUAUUUUUUCUACGUCUAA